GGCUGAUGUUCCACCAACUCCUGACGUUGAUCCAUCAGCUGCGGACACAGUCAAAUUAAAAGAAGCAGGUACCAGUAGUGGAGCUCUCGAAUCAGCCCCGACCAAUGAAGGUAAAAUCGAUCUUUGUCUUGGGCAGAUUCGUCUAAAUUUACAUGUUAUUUAUGGUUCCUCAUGUUCUUUAGACAUCCCGAUGCACGAGCCUAUUGAAGGAGAAGCUACCCAUGCCACCAAAGUCGAUGAUUUUAAUAAUUUCGACUUUAAUAUCUCAGAGGACGACCAUCAACAAAUCCUUGAUUCUCUGUUAGAGAAAGCCUCUGAUGCAACUAUCGGCUCAGAUGUUGGAAUUGGUUCAACGGAAGCCGGUCCUUCUGAGAGUAAGACUUUGGUUCUGUGAACUCCACAUAUAUAUAUACGUAUAUAUUUUGACUUGAUUAAUCAUAUAAGUGUCUGAAUUAUAGGACCAACUGCUGGAGCUGAUACUACUAUAAUCACUGGAACGUCUGAUCGGCCAGAGGGUAGCGAACUCGUGCCAUGGGCAGGAACUGAGGUUGAUUUGCAAUCAUCAGUUCUUGAGCCUCAACCUUCUACUCCUAUGGACCCUAUGAUGAUAGAAGUCACUGUCACUCCCCAGAUUAGUCCGGUCGCAACAAAAGCGAGACCAACUGAAGGCGUUGGUACGUCGGCUGAUGUUAUGCCUAUUGCUGAAUCAACUCUUAAAGAGCCUCUUAGCUUGGACCCGCCGUCUUCUGAAGCUUUAAUUGAAAAAGCCUCUGAUGUAGCGGGUGCAUCAACAGCUACCAUUCCUGAAUCAACCUUGGUUGUUCCGGAAAUCAGGUUACCAUCCUCGGGUGAACUAAGUCAUGCUGAAGGUUCUUCCAUCGAACUUGUUCCUUCAUCAUCAUUAUCAGAUCGCAUCCGAGCUUUGUUAGCAGACGAGGAUCCGGAUAAAGCCGGCAUUUGCUCUGAUCUCGACGGCUUCAUCUCCUUUUUGAAUUCUAUGGUUGAUCGUAUUCUCUCCAAAGGAUCGCGAUUUGAGAGUUUUAAGAAACCUCUUGACCUUAUGGUUAAAGAGAUGUCCACCAAUAUUGCCACUCGACGUAGGAGGAUAUCAGACUCAGAGGAGGAAAUAGCUCCACGACAAGCAACAGAACCGCCUCGUGAAGCUGUGAUGUCGCCUCGAGGAAAAGAGGCUGCUGAAUCAUCAAGGAAAGGAAAGGAACCGGCUCUCCCAGUUGAUAGUGAAGAGGAGUUUGAUAGUGAAGCAACCGAAACUUCAGAAGGGGAAGACGAGAAUGAAUCAAGUUCUGAGGAAGUAUCUGGCCUUCCCGAUUCAUUCUUUGAUAGAGGACUUGUAAGGCCUUCUGUCGCUCCGACCCAACCACAAGCUGCUCCAAAGAAACGUAAGGAAAGAGUCGUCAUGGAACAUCCUAACCGGAUGACGGUAGAAGUUCUUAGUUGCGACGAAGAGGAUGAAGAGGAUAUGGUUCUGGUGCACGCCCUCUGA